AUGUCGACUCUGUCACUAGCAGACCUGUCGCUAUUUCCAGCGACGCGAGAACAAACCAUUGAAUCGCGCAGACGGUCGGCGAAACAAUGGGCGAAAGGGCUGAGCCUCGAACAAUAUUUCAAGAGGGACGAAAUCAUGGAAAGACAGGAGCACGCAACGGACGGUAGAUUGAUAACAUGGGUGCUUGCUCACAGGGCUGAUCCAACCACGCUUGACUUCAUGUGCUCCUGUGAAACAUUCCGCCGCACCGCAGUCGUUGCUAAAGGCGAGACGCUUUCCGACGUAGUCGCUUAUGGGAUAGCCUCCGUCUUUACGCCAUUGGAGAAGAGGAGAAAAGGAUACGCUCAGCACAUGAUGCGCCUGCUGCACUGGGCGAUGGCUUCACGGUCUGCUCUUCCACCUUUCCCUGCUGCGUGGGGAUCACCUCCCGAAGUCGCGAGCGACCUCCAGACUGGCGAUGGAAGACUUUCCGUGCUCUAUAGUGACGUAGGACAUGCAUUCUAUCAUGCUUGUGGAACCAUUGCCGAGCCAGACAAUGGCUGGAUCAACAGGGGCUCCUAUGAGACGGUGUGGCAGGGUGAGGGCAUCAGUAUAGAGCGUCAGGACGGCGAAUAUGCUCUACAAUGGAAAUGCUUGACAGAAGAGGAUUUGGAGCUCGUAUGGGCGCAGGAUGCUGCGUGGAUCAAGGGAGACAUUUCCAGAGCCUCAAAGUCUUCGCCGCGGACACUCUUUACGUUCUUGCCUGACAAGGGUGUGGCGGCGUCCACCGUUCAGCGGACAAUCACGUUCACCGCAGCUAUGAAGCCAAUCAUGCAACUGGACACCUGGGGAGUUAUCAAUCUCCCGAAGGAGGGGACUACGUUGCAGGAUGCUCUUUCAGGCAGCGAACCAUCCUCAUUUGCGACGUGGACACUGGACAUCCUGGCAUCCUCGCCGACGUUGGUGGUGACGAGAGCACGGGCCACAGUUCACACGUUUCCGGCACUUUUGCACGGGCUUAUGGAGUUUGCACGAAAGCAGAGCAUCAAGAGGAUCGAAAUAUGGGGGCUGCCAGAUAAUUUGCUGUCCCUGGCGGAUGAACAGGGAUGGAGAACCAGACAGCGCGCAGAGCAUCUAUCAAUGUUCAAGUGGUACGGAGAAGAAAAGGACGAUGAAGUGGAUUGGCUUUUCAACGAAAAGUGA